CGGGUCUAUUCCAUUGCAUGGUGAACAAAAGGAGAUUAAAGUUGCCAAAAUAUUGUGAACUUUGCUUGGCAAAGCCAUGGUCACUGCUGCAGAGUAUGGGCAUAACUCGUGGGACCUGUUGGUCCAAGUGGACCAGAGGGAAGGAGAUGAAACCAUGAAGUUCAAAAUUCGGGUCAAGGGAGACCUUCACAUCGGAGGGCUCAUGCUCAAACUCGUGGAGAAGAUUAAGGCGCCUCAGGACUGGUCAGAUCACGCCCUGUGGUGGGAGCAGAAGAACAGCUGGCUGCUGAAGACCCACUGGACGCUGGACAAGUACGGCGUGCAGGCUGACGCGGCUCUGCGCUUCACUCCGCAGCACAAGGCCUUAUGCCUGGUGUUGCCCAACAUGAAGACCAUCAGACUCACCGUCACCUUCUCAGCGGUGGUCUUCAAGGCUGUAGUGGAGAUUUGUCGAGCACUCAACAUAAGAAGAUCUGAGGAGUUGUCCCUCCUGAAACCAAUGGAUGAUAGCAAAAAGAAAAAGAAGAAAGAUAAGGGAAAAGAGGAAGCUGAGGAUGACAUAAUAGACAUGGACAAUAUCAGUGGCCCAGCUGGCACUGGUCUCUACAGUAAGACCAUGACUGCGACAUACGACCCUGAGAGUGGGACCCCCGCAUCAGCAACAAGUCUGUGGUUUGGGGAAAACCCUCUGACCGCCAGCCAGCCUAAUGUACCUCCUGAUGAGCUGGCCAAGAUGUUCCAGCCACUCAGCAUGGAAGACAAAGCAGCCAUCAAUGCUGGGUGGCUGGACUCUUCCAGUUCCCUAAUGGAGCAAGGUAUCCAGGAGAAUGACAGACUCCUGCUGCGCUUCAAAUACCACUGUUUCUUUGACCUCAAUCCAAAAUAUGAUGCAGUGAGAAUCACACAGCUGUAUGAGCAGGCACGCUGGUCCAUUCUGCUGGAGGAGAUCGAGUGCACGGAGGAGGAGAUGCUGAUGUUCGCUUCCCUGCAGUAUCACAUAUGCAAGCUGACCAUGUCCGCCAAGCCUGUGGACCAUUCAGACGAACCAGAAAUUGAUGAAGUGGAGGCUGCCCUCGCACAUUUAGAGACGACCCUGGAAGGACGGAGCACGGACAGGAUUCUAGAAGAUAUCACAGAUAUUCCAAAGUUGGAAGAUACGCUCAAACUUUAUAGGCCCAAGAGACUACUGCGAACAUUCAAAGACUACUGGUUUGUGUUCAGAGACACUAGCAUUUCUUAUUACAAAAACAAAGAAUCAGCCAAUGGGGAGCCCAUUGAACAGCUCCAUCUGCGAGGCUGUGAAGUUGUUCCAGAUGUCAAUGUAACAGAAAAGAAAUUUGGCAUCAAACUUUUGCUGCCUGUUGCGGAUGGGAUGAAUGAGGUGUAUAUUCGCUGUGAGAAUGAGACACAGUAUGCUAAGUGGAAAGCUGCCUGUAUCCUGGCCUCUAAAGGCAAGACGAUGGCCUACAGCUCCUACCGCACAGAAGUGAAGAAUAUCCAGUCCUUCCUGCAGAUGAAGAGUUUGGCACCCCCACCUGGCCAGGCAUCACCUGAUGUGGACUCAAUGGAGAUGAAUGCAGAGUGCUUUGUCUCUCCACGUUACACCAAAAAAUACAAGGCCAAACAAUUGACCACACGGAUCUUGGAAGCACAUCAGAACAUUUCGCAGCUUUCCCUCAUGGAUGCUAAAAUGCGCUUCAUCCAAGCAUGGCAGUCUUUGCCAGAGUUUGGCAUUACAUACUACAUAGUCAGAUUCAGAGGGUGCAAAAAGGAUGAGAUCCUGGGCGUCUCCAAUAAUAGGCUGAUCCGUAUUGACAUGUCAACACGCCUGCCACUGACCACAUGGCGGUUCGCCAACAUGAAGCAGUGGAAUGUUAACUGGGAGAUCAGACAAGUGGCCAUUGAAUUUGACCAGAAUGUGUGGGUUGCGUUUACCUGUCAGAGCUGUGACUGUCGGGUAGUUCAUGAAUACAUCGGAGGCUACAUCUUCCUCUCAACACGUGCCAAAGACCAGAAUGAAACACUAGACGAAGAACUCUUCCGCAAACUUACAGGAGGGCAAGAGUGAACCUGAACAUCAUCAAGAAACUUGUGAAUUCAGUACAUCCAUGCAGUGGAUUCAGUUUGCCUGUUGCUUUUGUUUUCUAGAAGUCAAAAGUAUUUCAGACUUCUUUGUUUACAUUUUGUUAUGGAGAUGAAUGAUAACAAAGGAUAGAAAUUAUGAAAAAUUAUUUUAUUUCUUGUAUUUUUGUAAUAACAUUUUUGGGUAAAUUCAUCUCACAAACCAAGUGCUACCUGUCAUACAAGCUAGUAUAGAGGAGUGCAAAUGAAUGUUUUGGUUUACUUUGUACUUCUAAUUAAAACAAAUAGAAAAAUA